GAAGCAGCUGGAAGGAUGAAUUAGGUCCUGGUGGUGAGAUUUUUUUUUUCCAGGCAGACGCAGACACAACUGUUGAGCAAAAUGCAGACUCCACAGAAAAGUCCAAGCCUCAGACCUUUCAAGCAGAGGAAGAGUUUAGCAACCAGAAGAGAGGAAGUUGCUGGAAUCAGAGUGAAGUUCCCAGGCAAGAUCCCGGUGAUAGUGGAGCGCUACCCCAGGGAGAAGUUCCUGCCCCGGCUGGACAAGACCAAGUUCCUGGUCCCACAGGAACUGACCAUGACGCAAUUUCUCAGCGUCAUUCGAUUCAUGGGCUGCUUCCAAGAUCUACUAAACCAAAACCUGUGGGACGGAGUCCACUUUCAACAGGACUCUCCCAGGAGCCGCAUGGUCCUAGGGGCCACUGAAGCCUUUUACUUGCUGGUGAACAACAAGAGCCUGGGAAGUAUGAACGUGACCAUGGCAGAGAUCUACAGGGACUACAAGGACGAGGAUGGCUUUGUGUACAUGACCUAUGCCUCCCAGGAGAUGUUUGGCUGCUUGGGGUCAGCAGGCCCCGAGGAUGGGAGCAGCUUUGGGGAGGACAGGCCCUGCCAUCCUCUCUAGCACAUGUCCUCUAACCAUUGCGUUCACAGUGCAGGAGGCACGGACUGUUUUCUGUGUGUGCCCUGAUGAUCCGGGGGCAAAGCCCCCUGCAGUGAUCAGCAGCAACUAUGACAAUGAGGCAAGACCUGCGUGUUUCCUUUUUUGUGCUCACCCUCUUUGGUGGCUCUUGAAAAUUUUGGAAAUAGUCUUUUCUGAGAAAGAAGUAGUUAACUUGUGGAAUGAGCUGAGGAGGUAUUUUAAGUGUUUCCUGUGAUGGAGGCCAAGCUGGAGGCCCUGGAGGUGUGUGAUCUGUCUUGAUGGGCAGGAGUCCUGAGUACGCUUGGGUGUGGAGAUCCUGUGACCUGUAGAUGGUCUCCAUGGAGCCUGGUGCAGCCAUCCUAAACUGCCUCAUUUGGGAAUGGUGGGGGUGGCGGGUGGAAUGACUGCAGAGGGGAAGUGGCAUUAUCUAUGUCAUUAAAGAGAUUAUGGUUAUUUCCACA